GUAGAAUAAUAGCACUUCUGAUGUGUGCUAGAAGAGAUAGCGUUAUUGAUUAAUUUAGGAAAUAAUGUGGAAGAAAUUAGAACGUACGAUAAUUUAUACGAGCACAAAUAUACCAGGGACUACAUGCAACCAGCUUCCAGGCGAUAUCAUUUGAGCUAUAUAUGUAGAUGUACAAAAAACCAUCCAUUAAAAGUUUAUAAUUGAGAGCAUUACUUUCCCUUUAGCAGGGAAAUGCCAACUUUGGCGUUUGGUUUCGUGGCAACUGCGGGAAGGGUGACUUGCGUACGUAAAGCCAUGGAACUUCUUCAAAUGCUAAUUAAUUCCCCGGGCUCCACCAAUGGCCCUCAGCGGUACACCUGCAGUAAACACAAAGAGAAUCUUUAAAAAUAAAUGACUUUAUCUCCAUAUUUGUAUCUGGGAGGCAUUUAUGGCUGCCAGGAAAGCCCAAAACACUUUGUUAAUAAGUCGCUGCGCUCGAGCGAAGCGGAUUUGGAGCUCCAAUUUAUUAAGUAGCAUUGGCGACUUUGUAUGAAGAUGGCGGUCAGUUUAACAAGGCUUCUCGCUCUUUUCAGUGUCUUUUGUGUACUGGCAACAACAGCUGGGGCAUCUGAUAUCGGAGACGUUAAGAAUUGGGCGAGUAAGGUUGGAGAGAAGCUGUCCAAAUUCUUCAAAGAUGCUACCCAUUACGAGAAACUUCAAGAGGGCUACCAGUCGCCAAAAUUAUCGCUUACGAAGAAAAAUGGAACCGCCAUAGCGAACAAGAUGAAACAGCAGCUGGAGAAAGUUUUGCGGGAGAAAAUCGCGUCCAUCAAGAACCUUGCUGCAAAGACUGAAGAAUUAAGGAAGAAUUAUACUUAUGACCCAUCUCUCAAGGAAACUGACUAUUUUAACAGCAAGGACUUGAAAGGAUUGCCUCUUGCAAUUGAUGAUAGAUUCUCUACAGAUGUUGAAAUUAACAUGUCUAGCAGCGUCAUACACAUACCAACUGAUGUGUUUAGUGGAGGAGUUGGUAUUGUGAAUACCAUAAAGUGGACAAGUGGGCUAGAUAAGUAUUUCAAGGAAAAUGAAAUGACGAAUCAUUCACUGUUGUGGCAGUAUUUUGGAAGUGCUGAUGGUGUUUACAGGGUGUAUCCAGGCUUCAAGUGGACAACUGAGUCAAAACAAGACAUAUUUGACCACAGAAGGCGUGGUUGGUAUAUUCAAGGGUCAAGCUCACCUAAAGACAUAGUUUUAAUACUGGACUUGAGUGGCAGUAUGGCUGGUCAAAAAUUGUCCAUUCUUAAACUCGCUGCAUUGUCCUUGCUUGACACUCUGCAAGAAAAUGACUAUGUUAAUAUUGUUGCAGUGGUGAGUAAUAUUGGUCAGAUGAAGUUAAUACUCUAAAUUAAAAACCGUCAUGACAAACUAAUUUUAAAUUAGCUUUGCUUGGAUUAAGCGCAUGUGAUUUUGCUUUGAGCAAGUUAAAUGUAAGAAUUAAAAGAGAGAAGUAAACUGUUUUACUUGGCAUUCCCGUAAAUGGUUUGAAUUCAGGAAUAUCAGAAUGAGUAGUUCAUACAAUGUGAUCGUCUGGAUGAGGGUACAUUACAUUGUUGUCACCAACAACAGUUCUUUCCAGAAAUAGCUGCACCUGGAUGAUCACAAUAUACAAACUAAUUGGCAUUUUGCUGAAAGUAUAACUGAAAUUGUUGCCAGCAUCCUAAACUAUAAACAGUUAGAUUAGAUGUUCCAUGUAGAAGUCCCAAAUUUAAAAGGUGUAUCUAAUGUAUAUUAGCAACUGUACAUUAUUAGAAAUUUACAGCUAAUACUUGAGAAGAGUGGAUACUUGUGCUAUUCAAGUCAAAUAGUACAAAAAUAAGACUGGUAUUAAUGUUGUGAUGUUACCCAAAUGUGUUUGAAUAACUUCUGACUAAUAAAUAAAUACUAACAUUGACUGAAAAUGUGAGUAAAUUAAAUCUUGUGACUUAAUGUAACCAACCAGUGAGUUAGUCAUAAAUUUGCAUUAAACUAAUAAGGGCAAUACUUAACAAUUAGACCCGUAGCCCUUGCGGGCUAUGGGUCAAUAGGCCAUGAGGUGAAGCCGAAUGGGCUAUUGACCCGUGGCCCUUGAGGGCGAAGGGUCUAAUUUUUUUAGUAUCACCCAA